UUCAUCUUCUUCAAUAAAAAUUUCAUCUUUCAUCAUUUGGGGGAGAUCAAGACAGUCAAGGAGAGAAGGGUUAGUAUCACAAUGGAGCAAAAUCAAUUCGUGAUCGAAGCAGCCGAAGUAGAAUCAAUGGCGAAAGAGUCAGGGCUGUCCGUUCUGCAACUCCUUCCAUGCCUCGUGAAAUCAGCGCAGAAGCUGGCGAGGCCCCCAAUCUCUAAGUAUCAUGUCGGAGCUGUCGGAUUAGGUUCUAAUGGCCGGAUCUUCUUGGGUGCAAAUCUCGAGUUCUCAGGCCUUCCCCUGCAUCAUUCCAUCCACGCGGAGCAGUUCUUGGUGACCAACGCCGCCAUCCAUGGCGAGACUCAACUGAAAUACAUCGCCGUUUCAUCCGCCCCAUGUGGCCAUUGCCGCCAGUUCAUGCAAGAGAUCCGUGGUGCCUCUGAGAUCAAGAUCCUCGUCACAUCCACCGAGAACGGUGGAGGAGACCAUCAAGACGACGACGAAGCCCUUUCCUUCCGACUUCUCUCCACCUUCCUCCCUCAUCGAUUCGGCCCCGACGAUCUCCUCGACAAAGAUGUCCCCUUGCUCUUAGAGCCACACCACAACUCUCUCGUUUUCAUCGACGACGACGGCGAUGACCACCACCACCACCAUCUCCACAAGAACAACGUCAUGAACGGUGACGUCAUCAGUAACGGCGAUGUUGCAGAUCAACAGAAAGAGUUGAAAUGCGCAGCCCUGGAUGCGGCCAACCAAUCACAUGCUCCCUACAGUGGGUGCCCAUCUGGGGUGGCGCUCAUGGAUGUAGAGGGGAAGAUCUAUAAAGGGUCGUACAGAGAAUCGGCGGCGUAUAACCCGAGCUUGGGGCCGGUGCAGGCGGCGCUGAUUGAGUAUGUAGCGGCCGGGGGCGGAGGUGGGUACGAUAGGAUUGUGGCGGGGGUUUUGGUGGAGAAGGAAGGAGCGGUGGUUGUGCAAGCCGGCACGGCACAGCUUCUGUUGCAGUCCAUUUUGCCCAGAUGUGAUUUUCGUGUCUUUCGUUGUAGAGCUUCUUCGUCUUACAAAUUGUAAAAAGCCAUCUCUACAUAGAGGAUGUAAUUGGCCAUAUCU